AUGGUAUCGCUGCCGCUGGUAGUGCUGCUGCAUUUUGCUGCAGGGGCAAAGGCCUUAUCUGAUCCAUAUUUGGGGGCGGCUCAAGACACAGUGACGGCGCUUCAGGAGGAGACAGUCACGUUGAGAAGCGAUAGUACAGGCGCUGCUGCAGGAGACUCUUACAGCCUUUUCCCCAGCAGGACACCCGAGCACAACACCGGACAUGUUGGUAGUUAUGAUGUUGGUGGUGGAGAGGAGAUGCAGGCGCCUGAGGCUCUGCAGAAGCAGCAGAAGAAACAGCUGGUCUCUUCCUUGAAGCGCGCCGGCGGCUUGCUGCUGCUGCUGCCGCUGCUGCUGGUGCUGGCGCACGAGUUUGUCGUGUUGCCGCGCAUGCAACUGCAGCAGCACGAAGCGUUUGAAGCGGAGAACGUUCGCCUGACAGUCGACGAAGCAUACGACAGGACCCUUCAGCAGUCAUCUCUCGUCUUCUGUACGACCUUCGUCAUCGGCCUCUUUAUUUGGGGGGCCCUUUUGAAUGUUGGAUGGGUUCUAGGAAGAGCUGCAACGUCGCCUUAUGUCAUAGGCAAACUACGCACCUUGCUUAGGCAGCAGGAGAAGCAGCGGCAGCAGGAGCACGAGGGAGAUGCAGAGCAGCCGAACCAGCAACUACAAGAACGGCAGGAGCAACACAUCCAUACAGCUGCUGGUACUCCCCCAGAAAACAACAACUGA